AUGGCAAGCAUCAGAGACCUCUACAGUAACAAGGACACGGCUGGAUUGGAUCACAACUUUGGUGUCGAUUAUGUGAUCAAUUACAAGAUCCCUCAGGAAGAGAGGGUCGAAGCUGAGGCCAACUUCGUCGAGCUCAUCGAAGGCCUCACCAGCGUUGGCCUGACCACCGAGGUCCGUAGAGGUGACAAGCAUUCGCUUCUCGUCUUCGUCAAGAUUGCCUCCGACAAGUUUCUCGCAGACCAGGUCUACCGGUCCCGACUCCAGGACUGGCUACAUGGUGCCCGUACCGUCGGCCCUGAUUCCGAUCUCUCUCAGGCUCUGCGCGAUGAGCCCGUCUCCGAAGCCGAACGUCUGCGGCUUGUAUACCUGCUUAUUGUGAAACCCAGGAAUGAGGGCGGCGCCGGCAUCACUCCCCAGUCUGGCCGCUGGAAGCACGUGGACUGCAUCUUUCCCCUUCACAACCACACCUUCAACAAGCAAUGGAUCAAGAAAAUGAGCACUAAAGGCCAGACCGAUGAGGCCGACCUCGAUGAGAUUCGCGAUAAGUUCGGCGAGAACGUCGCUUUCUACUUCGCUUUCAUGCAGUCGUACUUCAAGUUCCUCGUCUUCCCUGCCGGAGCCGGCUUCGCCGCUUGGAUGUUCCUUGGUCAGUUCUCCUGGCUCUAUGCUCUGGCGAGCUGCCUGUGGUCUGUCGUUUUCUUCGAGUUCUGGAAAAAGAAGGAGGUCGAUCUGGCAGUUGAGUGGGGCGUCCGUGGCGUCUCCAACAUCCAGCAUCCGAGACCACAGUUUGUCUAUGAACGCCAAGCUGAGGAUCCCAUCACCGGAGAACCCGUCAAGAUCUACUCGCCCAUCAAGCGUCUGCAGACCCAGCUUCUUCAAAUCCCUUUCGCCGCUGCCUGCAUUGUGGUUCUAGGGUCUCUUAUUGUGACCUGUAACUCCCUGGAGAUCUUCAUCAAUGAGGUCUACAAGGGUCCUUUCCAGGCGUAUCUCGGCUUUCUUCCGACGAUCAUCUUGGUUGUCCUGACACCAACUUUCUCCACUGUGCUCACCAAGUUUGCCAAUCAACUCACUGAGAUGGAGAACUAUGAGACGAUCGAUAGCAAGUUCUCUCAUCAUGCGGCCUUGGUUCAGAAGGAAUUCGUCCUCAACUUUCUGACCUCGUACAUGGCCCUCUUCUUCACUGCUUUCGUCUACCUGCCGUUCGGCGACCGUCUCACGCCUUUCCUCAACUUCUGGCGCUCUACCGCUCAGAUGCUCACCCCUAAAGAUGCCAAGUUUCAGACCCAAGACUUUGUCAUCAACCCGGAGCGAAUCAGCAAGCAGAUGUUCUACUUUACCGUCACCGCCCAAGUCGUCAAUUUCGCCACCGAGGUUAUCGUUCCGUAUGUCAAACGCCAGGUUUUCCAGGAAGUUCGUGAGGUGCAAUCCAAGAUGUCCAAGGAUGAUACAGCCGCCAAGAUCAAGGACCCCGUGGAGGAGGCCGCCUUUUUGGAGAGAGUGAGGAAUGAGGCUGAGCUUGAGACGUAUGAUGUUACUGGCGACUACCGUGAGAUGAUCAUUCAGUUCGGAUAUCUCUCCCUGUUCUCGGUUGCCUGGCCCUUGACAGCCUGUUGCUUCUUGAUCAACAACUGGGUUGAGAUGCGUUCCGAUGCUGUCAAGAUUGCCAUUAGCAGCAGACGUCCUAUCCCCUGGCGGGCAGAUUCGAUCGGCCCGUGGCUCAAUGCUCUUGGAUUUCUUUCUUGGCUGGGAAGCAUCACCAGCGCUUCAAUUGUAUUCCUCUGCAGCGCCAACGGCGAUGGACCUAGAGGCACGCCCUCCAGCAUCAAAGCCUGGGGCCUGCUUCUUAGUAUCCUCCUCGCUGAGCAUUUCUACUUUGGUGUGCAGUUCCUCGUUCGUCUGGCUUUCAGGAAACUGGAUAGCCCUGGAUUACAGAAGGAGAGAAAGGAACGCUUCCUCAUGAAGAAGAGACUCUUAGAACAGAACCUAGGCCAAGGCGUCUCAGAUCACGCUGCUACGCCUGGCAUUGAGAAGACCGAGGAGAUCACCCUGCAGGCGUUGGAAGAGGAGGCCCGUAGGAUCUCAACCCAAGGCCAUGGAGGCCCCGAGGAAGCGUUCUGGCGUCGGCAGCGCGGUAUGGCCGAGACCAUUCAGAUUGGCCGCAGCCUGAUUUCACAGGUCAGUAUGUUUUCCUCGAGAUGCUGUGCAACUUCCGUGCUCAUCUCAGAUUUACCCCGCCAGAACGACGGCCUGGUGAUAAUCAUGGACAUCGUCGCUGAUUUGGUGACGGGUCCCUUUGAGGAGAUUAUCGAAAAGGGGAAUCUUGCGAUACAUAAUGCGGGGGACAACAGGGAAAUGCUCUCCGAGAGUCAGAGGGUGGUCAGGGGGGCUCAGAGAUGUUUGAGGAUCAUCGAGCCGCUCUGCGCCCGACAUGUAAAAGAAUCGGAGGCCAGGUUCACGGAUGCGCUGAAGGAUAACAACGAGAUUGCCGAAUUUAGGUUACAGCUGACCCAUACGUUGUGGGACUUUGAGGAGUAUAUAGAGGCCGACACCUUCGAUAAAGCAAAGUUCACCGAGCUUUCGGAGCUUUGCAAGAAGGCGGGAGUUGGUAUCGGAGAGAUACUCAAAAGAAUCAGGCUGGAAGCAGGGCCGACCACCCCGCUGAUAGCAGCGCCAUCGCCCUCUGUCACCAGCCAUCUGGAACAGCCUCCGCUUGUUGUUCUAGACGCAGGCCGCGUCCAAAGCCAACCCCAAGGGAACUUGCCAGCUACCGAGCCAGAGCCCAAGGUCCAAGUGGUGGAACUUGAGCCCCCUCCUCCUCCGUCCACGAACCCGUGGGACUUGCGGAUAAACCCUCCGAUAGACACGGGGAUAGAGGUCUAUCUGAGCGAUAACGUCGAGCGACGCCCUCCAGUGUCGAAUCUGAGCUCCCCGACAUCCGAGCCGAAUAGCCCAGAGCACGAAAGGAGACUAUCGCACGGCUCGAGCCGUCGGCUGGAUACCGGUGUCGAUCGACUGCUGACCGAAGAGGAAAGAUAUCUUGGUUUCUGCGAGGGCGCGAAGGAAGUGGUUCGAGGAAGUCCCGGCAUCAAGGUCGUCAAGAAGCCUGUCGAGGGGUUCUCCGGUGCUCACGUCGUCGCCAAAUGCGAGAGCUGUUUUUAUGAGGUUGAUCAUAAGCAAGUCCAGCAGGACGUUAACUACUCCGACGAAGCAAACUACACGCUCAACAAAAUCGGCUUUCGCUUGCGCUUUCUUCAGAAAAGCCACAUUCCCACGAAACGCGCCGAUGAGAUCCUCUACGGUUGCGUAUUCUGUGUCCACACCCAACAUACCCUCGAAGAAUGCGACGCUACCGUGUUCUUCAGCCAAAAGAAGCUCUUUGAGCACCUCGCCCGCCACCCACGACCACUCCCUCAAGUCCCCGGCAUCACCGUAGUAGAGGAAGGCGAGGUUCCUUUCAACCUGAAGAACAAUUACGAUCUCCACCUCCGCUUGCCGCCGAAGCCGUCGCCGCUAGUUAACAAACAGCUCGAGCUUGUACAGUUGCCGAGUGCCACCGCCACUCAGACCGUGAAACGAAUGUACGGCAUGCGUCUCUUGUACGAUCAGACGCCAGCGUUCGAACUUGCAAAUGGAGCCAGACUGAGUGGUGUUGAAUUCCCUGCCAAGUACAAUGGCGAGUGGGUUAUGGCUUGGCAUGAAGGGAACUAUGGUUCCGCCCCGGCGGAUGUGGUGAAACUUGAACGGCCACCCAAGGCCGAGAUCAAGAUGGAUACGACGAGUAACAUAUCUGCAACUGCGAGAUGGAAGUUCGCUCCCCGGUCCAAAGAUGGGGGCGAUUGGCUUAAGUUUGACGUGGGAGAGAAGAUUACCAGCAUCAGUUGGGCUUGGCAGGAUCACUGGUGUUGGUCAGGGACUAAUGCCAAAGGAACCUGGGGAAUCUUCCCCCAGACGCAUAUUGACAGCAACACAAUACCAAACAAGAUGGGCUUGAAGGGCGACGACAUCGCGAAGCACAACAGUGCCGACUCCUGCUGGGUCAUCGUCCACGGCAAAGCCUACGAUGUGACCGAGUUUCUGCCGGAGCACCCCGGUGGCCAGAAGAUCAUCCUCAAGUACGCCGGCAAAGAUGCGACAGAAGAAUUCGACCCCAUCCACCCGCCAGACACACUGGACAAGUACCUCGAUAAGUCGAAACAUAUGGGCCCGGUCGACAUGGCUUCCGUGGUCGUCGAGACAAAGGAGGAGGACCCCGAAGAGACGGAGCGUCUGGAGAGAGUCGAGCAGAAGCCGUUGCUGUCCCAGUGCUACAAUCUUAUGGACUUCGAGGCCGUUGCGCGCAGAGUCAUGAAGAAGACGGCUUGGGGAUACUACUCUAGUGCCGCCGACGACGAAAUUACACUGAGAGAAAACCACGGCGCAUUCCACCGCAUCUGGUUUCGACCACAAAUCCUUGUUGAUGUCGAGAAUGUCGACUUCAGUACCACCAUGCUCGGCGCAAAGGUCGACAUGCCUUUUUACGUCACGGCUACGGCUCUAGGCAAACUCGGUCACCCCGAGGGCGAGGUUCUCCUCACUCGCGCCGCCCGCAAGCACAACGUCAUCCAGAUGAUUCCGACCCUGGCUUCCUGCGCCUUCGAUGAGAUGAUUGACGCUGCCGAAGGCGAUCAAGUGCAGUGGUUGCAACUUUACGUCAACAAGGACCGCGAGAUCACCAAGAAGAUUGUUCAGCACGCCGAAAAGCGCGGUUGCAAGGGACUCUUCAUCACCGUCGACGCGCCUCAGCUCGGUCGCCGCGAGAAGGACAUGCGCUCCAAGUUCACGGAUCCCGGCGCCAAUGUUCAGUCGGGCCAAGCGACCGAUCAGAGCCAGGGUGCCGCGCGCGCUAUUUCCUCAUUCAUCGACCCUGCGCUGUCGUGGAAAGACAUCCCCUGGUUCAAGUCGAUCACCAACAUGCCAAUCAUCCUGAAGGGCGUCCAGCGCGUCGAGGACGUCAUCAAGGCUAUUGAGGCCGGUGUCCAGGGAGUCGUUUUGUCUAACCACGGUGGUCGCCAGCUCGACUUUGCGCGGUCCGGCGUUGAGGUGCUGGCUGAGACUAUGCCGGUGCUGAGACGCAUGGGUCUCGAGAACGCCAUCGAGAUCUAUAUUGAUGGUGGUGUGCGCCGUGCUACGGACAUCAUCAAGGCGCUCUGCCUGGGUGCUAAGGGUGUCGGUAUCGGGCGGCCCUUCCUUUAUGCCAUGUCCGGUUAUGGAUUCGACGGCGUUGACCGCGCCAUGCAGCUGCUUCGCGACGAGAUGGAGAUGAACAUGCGUCUCAUCGGCUGCACAAGCGUUGACCAGCUGAACCCGUCACUUCUCGACACCCGCAGUCUUUUCAAUCACGGAGCGACGCCGUCGGACAACCUCGCCACUGCAGUUUACGACCCGCUGGCGACGCCGACUCAGCGACCCAAGGCGCCCAAGUCCUCCAAGCUGUAG